AGUUUGUUGUAGGGCCCACAAGGCGUUUCUCUGCCACGUCACCCCGCGAUCGCCUCGGCCGCGUCGUCGCACCUCGGACUCUGAAUUACGAGUUCGAAUUUAGGGCACCCAAAAUUUUUCACUCCGAAUGCGAGUUCGAUCUCAAGAAGAUGUGCUCCACCGCCGCCGCCGCCGCGGCGGCGGCGCUUCUACCGGGUUUUGCGGAGGUCGUGGUGGUGCGCCAUGGCGAGACCUCGUGGAACGCGUCCAAAACAAUCCAGGGACAGUUGGAUGCAGAAUUAAAUGAGAAAGGGAGGCAACAAGCUAAUGCGGUGGGUGUUAAGCUGUCGAAAGAACGUAAAUUUUCUGCCAUUUAUGCCUCUGAUCUGCAACGGGCUGCCGAGACUGCAAAUAUUAUAGCAAGCUCUUGCAGUCUGCCAAAGGUAGUGUUGGAUCCGGCAUUGAGAGAAAGACAUCUUGGAGAUCUUCAGGGUCUGACAUUAGAUAAAGCUGCAAAGCAAAAGCCUGCAGCCCACAAGAUUUUCUUAUCAUCUAGAAGGGAUCAAGAAUUACCUGGUGGCGGAGAAAGUCUUGAUCAGCUAUCUAAGCGGUGUGUUUCUUGCCUGCAAAAAAUAGCUGGACAGCACAAAGGAGAAAGAGUGAUUGUUGUUACUCAUGGUGGGGUCCUGAGAGAACUCUACAGGCGGGCUAAUCCCGGGGCACCACGUGGGGGCACGAUUCACAACACCUCGGUAAACGUGUUUCAUAUUUCCGAUCCUGGGGAUCCUUGGAUCAUCAAGAACUGGGGGGACGUAAGCCAUCUUAAAGAUACUGGUGUUCUUAAAAGUGGUUUUGGUGGUGAUGGAACUUCUGGCUAGUUUUAGCAUUCAUUUGCCCUAGCCUUCUCAUUUACUGGGAGAAAAAUAAAAAUUGAUAAGAUUUCUAUAAUGCACAGUUUGAACUUUUUCAUUUAAGUGAUUGGAAUGAUAUCUAGUAUUGUUUAGAUUCAUGUGAAGGGGAAUUCUAAUUUGUUAUACGGAGUUAUGGAAUUGACACAUUGCUGGAGCUGUUUCUCUUUUCCAACAGUCGGAAGCUUACUCUAAUGUUUUUCUCCAAGAAACAGCUCAUAUUUUCCUUUCUGCGAGUGUAAAUACAUAUUGAGAGCUUUCGGUCGAGGUGCGCAAGUAGUUCAUGCAUUGCUGUUUCUA